AUGAGAACUGUUCCUUUUGCUGCUUUCAUACUGCUAAAGAGAAGUUGCUACAGCUCUUCAGUCACUCAGAUUCCAGUCUUUCACCAGUGGGAGAGGCAGCCUCUGACUAUCGACGCAACAGGUUGGAACGAGAUCGCCAGUCCAAGGAGUCCAGACGGAGCAAGGAGACGGUUGAACGGGAGACGGGAGAAGACGCUGUUCCGUUUCCAUAGCAACGUCGUGCCGGGAGCCUGUGGCUCGCACCGACCAACUGCGAACACGCAAGCGCACAACAGAGAUAACCAAUCAAUAUUCACCCGUUGUACUUGUUGGUUAUUUGCAUGCACUGUUAUGUUCACUCCUGUACACACUUUGUAA